GCUGGACCAGGGCAGAGGAGCAGACUGCUGCAGAGUGGAGAAACAACUCUGGGCGACACCUGCAAACAAACUCCCAGCCGACUCUCUCUUUCUGAAGCUGAGACUGAACAGUAAUGCGGAAUAAGGGUGUGAGAGGUGUUACUGAUUAUUAAGCGCAGAAGCAACAGCAGAGAAACUUUUUUUUUUUUUUUUUUUUUACGAUAAGUCGUGCGAGUUCCCGGACAGACCGAGAGCUGAGAGCUGAGAGAGGCGACAGCAGGCAUCUGGUGGAUGGGGAGAAAAUGGAGGUGAACAGAAGAGAGGUGCCUCUUUAUGGACAAGUGGAGGACCAUGUAAGGGUACAAGAAACCAAUGCUCCUGAAGACGCAGAGUUUUAUGUUGUUGUACAAGGCUCAACGCUCACACAUGUGACGGGAGCAAAAAGAGGAGAUGAUGGGCUGACCCUCUGCUUCACAGUUCCCGGCCAUGCCCUUGCGGAAGUUGUCUCUGUCACAUCCUACUUUUACGCAGAGGACCAAGUCAAGCCAUGCAAGGGGGAAACAUCUCUUGAAUACCUUAGCGACAUUGCCCAGGAAGCUGCAGAGUACCUGAGUGCAAGCAGGGACCAGCUUGGCCCCCAGAGCUACCUAGAAGUCCUUAAUAGGUUUUCCACGUGGACGCAGGCGGCUGACGAGGAGCUCCCUACUGUAGGGUCAGACCGCGGUGAGAAGGAUGUGCGGAGCAGACAGAGUUCAGGUGAUGAAGCUGGUCUCAGGCAGCUGGAUGAGAAGAUCACGCAGGCCAUGGCCAACAUGGAUUACCCUCCGCAGUGGAAGAACAUUGACAGUCAGCCUAGAGAAGCUGCUGAGCUUCAGCCCAAAGAAACCCUCCUUCACCUCGCAGUGCGUUUGGGUUUGGUCCAUCUCUCCCGUUUCUUAAUUCACCAACCAAGAGGUCAAAGGGCAUUGACUUUACCCAAUCGGGAGGGGGACACACCCCUCCAGCUGGCUCAGAAGGAUGGACAGCAUGCCAUGUUCAGGGUGCUGGCAGCUCCUCCAGGUCCUGUAGUCGGCCCUGUUCCAGGUGUGUGGUGUGUAUGGUCUGACAACUCCUGCAUGCUGAGGUAUUGUCCCAGGACGGACUGUCUGACCCUGACUGUGCGGCAGACACCCGGCAGCUGCCCUCAGGAUGGCAUCACGAUCCUCCGAGACAGACUGGGAGACAAAAGCAUCCUCAAACUGAUCAAUGUGCUCAGAACUGAUAGUGAGGCAGACAUGGGAAGCAAAGACGAAUCCCUUCCUAGUGAUGCAGGCAUUAGCAGGGAGCUCCGAGUGGAAGAGCAUGUGCUGGUGGACAAUGUUUUUGAAGAACAGCUUGUACUGUCUUUGGAUGACGACGAUGAUGUUGAAGAGUACACAUCCUCAUUAUCUGUAAAUGGGCAUCCCGUGCAGUCCAGUGGAGUCCAGAGCCAGUUCACCCAGUGUGCUACAGACCCUCUGCUCUCCAUGAUCAACACCAGCAGUCAGACCAUCACACAGCAGACGCAGGCGGAAGAUGCCGACAUCCAGUACAACGUCAGCGGAGUGACCAGGGAGAGCACAGGGACAGACAGCGGGUUAUGGGAUACAGUAGACUCAGAAGAUCUCUUGCUAGCAACCGACACUCCUCCACCCUAUCCUGAAGAUCUCUACUCUCCCUGUUCUCCCCCACUCUCACCUGCUGACCAGGCCCUCACCAGGCUGAACCGUCCCGCCUCCUCUGAGACGACCACCCAGAGAGAAAGUCCGCCCAUGGACAGCUGCGACCUCAGUCCCAGUCUAGUGGCUCUGGAAGUGGACAGUGAAGAGGACACAAAGUCUCCGCUUUCCCCGCUCUCUUCAGAUGUUGAGAAAAGUGAGGACAAAAGGGAAAGCUGUCGUCCAUCCCCUGACCUCACUUGCACCCGCAGCCAGUCGGCCUCCUCAGCAUGUGAACCCACCACAAAAGAAUUGGGUGACCAGGGGAUUCGACUGCGUUCGUAUUCCUACUCUUCCCCCAAAAUCAGUUUGCGUCCUGCUCGUUUUUCCCGGGACAACCACACCUCAGAUAUCAGCCAUGAUGCCGUGCUCCACAGUGUCAGCCACAGCCGAUCUCUCCUUCAGGCCCUCUCUCUGUCUAAAUCUCUGUCUCUGCUCCACCCUAGUAAGCAAAGAGCAUUCGGUACAUCAGAGCAGUCGCAUGAAAAAAGGGAGAUUAGGUUCCGUAAGCGAGCCCAGUCUGCUGAUGAUGAGGGCAGCAUGGAGCUGGCAGAGUCCCUCCAGCAUCUCACCCUGUCUGAGUUCCUCAAAGAAAUUGAAGAGGAGGAGUUGGAUAAGUACAACAUCCCGACAAAGGUGGAGUCAGAGAAGUACAAAGUCAUUCGCACUUUCAGUUUUCUCAAGAGCCGGAUGUCCAGUACCCGCAACAAGACCAAGGGGAAAGGGAAGGACAGAGAGGCCAAGGAUAGGCAGCUGAAUGGACAUCGGUUUAACACAGGCUCCUGUUUAGGCCCCACCGUGUGCGUGGUGUGCGAGAAACCAGCAUCUGGAAAGGACCUGCUGCAUUGCUCAAGUUGCCCUGCUAUUGUCCAUAAGGGCUGUAAGGAAUCUGUCCCCCCAUGUCUGAAGAAACUUCAGGAUAAGUAUGCAGUUACCAUGGUGAAGAACAGGACAGCAUCCCUCCCACAGAAUUUCACAGUUAGAGACAAUCCUCCUCAGUGUGUCAUCCCCAUCUCCACCUCUCUACCUGUCAUGGCCCCUAAGGAGAAGAAAGACACUGCGACCCAGUUGAGCCCCCUCUCUGGGAGUUACGCGAACAGUGACAGUCGGCUCAGCGAGGGUUCAGAGACAGAGUCUGAUGCCUCCAAGGUGACCAGCCGAUCAGAAGAGCUCCUGCCGACUCCAGUGUCCUCCACCUCCACUGACUCAUCCUUUGGAGAAGACUGCGUGGAUGCGUAUAUCCACAGCGACAUGUCUGUUGACGCUGUGGAUUACGAGGCUGAGUCAUGGAGUCUGACAGUAGAGCACAAGUUCUGCAAGAAGCAGGAUAAACGAGCUGUCAAGAGGCAGGAUGUUAUCUACGAGCUGAUGCAGACUGAGCUUCACCACCUACAGACGCUACACAUCAUGGCCGAGGUUUUCCGGCGAGGUAUGAAGGAGGAAGUGCAGCUGGAUACAGAAGCGGUGGAGCGGGUCUUCCCCUGUCUGGACCAGUUGCUCCUCUUCCACCACGCCUUCUUUGCCUCCAUGAAGGAGCGGCGACACAGCUCAGCCCGGCCGCAGGGACAUAGGAACUACCUCAUCCAGCAAAUCGGAGACGUCUUGCUCCAACAGUUUUCAGAUGAGAACAGAGACAAAAUGAAGCAGGUAUAUGGAGAAUUCUGCAGUCGUCACAACGAAGCGGUCAGCUUUUUCAAAGAGCUCCAGCAGCAUAACAAGAGAUUUCAGAACUUCAUUAAGCAACAAGGUAAUAAUUCUUUGGUGAGACGGAGGGAGAUCCCAGAGUGCAUUUUGCUGGUAACCCAAAGGAUUACAAAGUACCCAGUGCUGCUGGAAAGGAUCCUACAAUAUACUCAAGAGGAAACAGAGGAGCACGCCGACAUUUCCAAAGCGCUGGCUCAGAUUCGAGAGGUGAUCACGGCCGUGGACCUGAGUGUCAGUGAGUACGAGCGGCAUCAGAGGUUACAGGAGGUGUGGAGCCGCAUGGAGAACCGCAGCGCAGCCAAGCUCAAGAACGGCAACACCUUCCGCAAGCAGGACAUGAUGGGGCCGGGACAAACGCUCAAACACCAGGGCCUGCUCCUGUGGAAGACUGCCACUGGUCGGCUCAAAGAUGUGCUGGCGCUCCUUCUCACAGAUGCACUCAUCUUCCUGCAAGAAAAAGACCAGAAGUAUACAUUUGCCACCGUGGAUCAGAAGCCUCCAGUCAUCGCCCUGCAGAAGUUAAUCGUGCGAGAAGUAGCAAAUGAGGAGAGAGGGAUGUUUUUGAUCAGCGCAUCAGCCGCCGGGCCAGAAAUGUACGAGGUUCACACAUCAUCCAAAGAGGAACGGAACACCUGGAUGAGGCUCAUUAGAGAGGCUGUAGAGAGCUGUCCGGAGGAAGAAGAAUACACAAGUGAGUCUGAAGAGGAGAAACGAGCUGCUGAAGCUCGUAUUCAGAAGAUCAAUAAGUGCCAAGAGAGUCUGACGAGCCUGGACCAGCGGAUCUGCUCCAGCCUGGAAGAGAAGCUGCAGGUCUACAUAGAGCUCUCUGCUCUGAGUGGGAGGACGGAUGCUUCGGUGGUUGAACCGCGACUGCUCGUCCAGCCGCACUCAGAGGAGCUGCCCCAGGCUGCCGUGUUGCUGGCUGCAGCUCUGCAAGAGGCUGAGAACCUGAAAGUCACACUGUCAUCCAAGGCCUGUUCUCCAUUGAGUCCCAGCCUGGCCUCGGACACAGACUCUGUGUUUCCUGUCAGCCCUGCUAUACUUGUACGCUCUCCCUCAGACUCUGAGGCUUCACCCGAAAACCCUGAGACCAGUGAUGGGAGUUGGACAGAGGCCUUUGUGCUUCAGUCCCCAACUCUCUUGCAAAAAGCAGACACGGAUGACAUCGACUUCAAGGUUGCUCAAAGUGUCCAAAGCCUGACCCAGUUACUCUACAGUCUGCAGGCUACAGUGACCAUCCAGGACAGCUGCUAUGAGGUCCAGAGGCUCCUCCUCCAAGAGACUGGUCGGCCAUCCCCACGCGUGCAGCGACCGCAUCUUCCAAGCAUCCGGGGAAACACCCUUCAAGAACAGGAAAAGCAGCGUAACCUGGAGAAGCGGAAGGAGGAGGUGGUGGCGGCUCAGCGUCUCCAGGACCGGCUGCGCCAAGAGAAGGAGCGCUGGGAGAGGGAGUGCCAGGCCAGGGAGAACCAGCAGGGGGAGCAGGAGAGUCGGCUGGCGGAGCGGGAGAGGCAGUGCCACCUGGAGGUGGAGCGGCUGAGGCGCGAGAGGGAAGAGUUGGACGAGCAGCUGGAGGAGUACCAGCAGAGCCUGGAGCGUCUCAGAGAGGGCCAGAGGAAUGUGGAGAGGGAGCGCGAGCGGCUGGAGAACCAGCAAAAGCUGCUCCAGACCUGGGGGCAUGGCCGGCAGAGGAGUCUGCCCACUGUGAUUCCUCACAUGGUCAUCCCUCUAGAUGUGCAGCAGGACUCAGCACCAAGUCAGUCAAGAGACCACGCUGGUAACGGCUCUGUGUUUGUGAAUGAGGCCGCGUUCGCCGGCACCAGCGUCAACAACCGCCACGUCCACCACAAAAGAAUCGACCCCAGCGCGCACAAUUGUCUCAACACCCUGCUGGCAAGAUCCAACAGCAGACAGAGCCCCUUAGCUAAAACUCCCCUCAGUCCACACUCAGAGUCCCAGGGAUGGGUGAUGGGGUCGGGAUACCUCUACAACCCUGCAGGAAGGCUUGGACUGCAGCAUGCGCCGAGUGAUCACAACAGUUACAGCUACAAUGGGGAGACCUGGUCGUCGACAGCAAGCGGAACCGACCCAUAUCCGGUGCUCCCGCAUCCCGGUAACCCUCAGCUGGAUCUCAGUGCACUGGUUUCUAUGGAGACUGACAGCGGUGGGGAGGAGGGCGGCGAAGAAACCAUUGUGUACCUCUGAAUGUUGAUACAUUUCAGAAACUCUAUAAACAGCCAACCCAGCACUUAGAAAACGAUAAAGACAUUCAUGAAGCAUCAGGAUUGGAUCCAGGAUGGCUUCAGAAAGCCUUUCUCACUUUUACGUCUUGCAUCAUGCUUUUUUUUUUUUAUAUUUGAAAGAUUGUUUUGUGGUGUUUUUUUGCAAAGUGUAAAGUUACUGGAAACAUGGAGAAAAAACGUGUCAUGCACCUUAGCUCGAGGCACCACUGGGUGUUAAAUGUCUCUUUAUUUUCAGUUUUUUCUGUGUGUGUGUGUGUGUGUGGUCUUUAUCGACUGGGUCCCUGCAGCAACACCGUUAACCUUUCCACCUUCUUCUUACUGUCCCUCCCACACUGCCUUCCUUUCUCAGGUCCCACAUAUCUCGUCCCUUGAGCGCUCUAUUUAAUAAAUUUACCACAAGAGGAGAAAAAGCGUCCGAAUAUCAGCAGAACAUCAGGCUGCAUCUCUCUAGUGGGUGAUGUCUUGGAGUAAACUCCCCCUCUUUCAUUUAUCAGACAGGCUUUGUUUAUGUACGAGCCGAAUGUGAAGCACAAAACAUUAGGAUUGAAAGAUGAGGUGCGACAGCAUCAGUCCCACUUUUUUCAGACUCGCUGCCUGUAGCCAUCAUUUAUUUCUUUUUAUCUGUAGCAUGUUUUUCUUGUUAUGAGACAUAAGCCCGUGUGGUUUUGAGAGAGUUGUUGCAGCUGUGCUAAUAUGUCAUGCUAAUAUGUUUUAACAGAGUGCACAGAUUGAACCCGCAAAAGACUGAGGAAACACGUUCUGAGCACAACUCCUCCUGUGAAAAGGGAAAGGAAGUUUUGGUGCGGGAAUAUGAACAGGAAAACAUGUUGGGUCAAACCAUUUUUUAGCACCAGUGUAUUUUUUUUGCAGCAAUUUUCAUGACAAAUGUCUGACUACAUUUUUGUUUUUGUUUUCUUUCACUCCGUCAUUUCUACCCACACUAGCAGCAUGGUUCUAGGGAAGGAAACACAGUCCAACAGUUUGGUCCAGACUGAAAUAUCUCAAAAACUGUUGGACUGCCAUGAAAUUUUAACAUUCAUGGGUAUAAAUCAUGAUGUUGGUGAUUCUAUGACUUUUCCUGUAGUGCCACCAUUAGACAGUGUUUUUUUUUUUUUUUGGAUGGAUUGUCAUGAAAUUUGUCAUGCCGUGUCCCCCUCAGGUUAAAUUAUAAUUAUGUUGGUAAUCCCCUUACUUUUCAUUUAGCGCCACCAUCAGGUCAUAAUUUCAAUUUGUUCAGUGCUUUGGUUUAUGAUCAAAAGCACCUAAAAAAAAACUAAUGACAUUCCCGUCAGCCUCGGCUACUUUGUGCUUAGUUUUAAUUAGCAAACGUUAGCAUGCUAACACCCUAAACUAAGCUUGUGAGCAUGUUAAACAUUAUGCAUGCUUGACAUCAGCAACGUCAUUGUUGGCAUGCUGAGAUUAGCAUUCAGCUCAAAGCACUGUGCCUUAGUAUAGCCUCACAGAGCCGCUGUAAACAGAGGAAGAUAUUGUCCUGAAUUUGUCACAACCAUCCAGAACAAUAUGAAGUUGCCUUAUUGAUACUGUCAUGCUUAACACUAAACUAUUACACUUGAAUAUUCAUGUAGUAUAUUUACAUAUUAUCUCUCAUGGGCAUUUUAUGUGUAACGAGGUCCCUGUGCCAAUGCUUUAGAUGUCUUUAGGUGUUUUUUUACAGACGCUAUAAAAGAUUGGUUUAAUUACUGUUGUAGUUUCCUAAUGGGACAAUAAGGCAGUGGCAGUAUUUGGAUGUGACUAUACCAUGUAUAUAUGUUUGCUUUUAUUUAUUUAUUACAUUACAAAGAGUUUUCAUGUUUUACAGUGCUUUAUGAAGGGUUGUAUUGUACAUAGAAGUUUACCUGCGUGAACAGAUGAACAGGUGUGUAUUCGUUCGUUCGUGUUGUGUGCUCAGACGUGGCUGUAUUGAUAAAAUUACUUUUAUUGAACUUGAAA